AGAAUCCUUAAACCCUAAACCCUAGUUUCUGCCAAAGCUUUCCCCCUUCACUCUGCUCAUUCACCUGUAGCUUUGUUUUAAGAAAGAGGCUAUUUAAGUUUUGCCCCAACUUAAUUUCAAUUCAAAGAUAACGAAAAAUGUCAUUUGAUGGGAGUUUUCGGGUGGAUUAUGAGCUGCAGAGGUUCCUUUCUCGGUGCCCUGAGCUUGCUUCUAUAUCCCAAUUCGAUUACUUAUUAAAGAAGGGUGAUAAAGUUACAGAAGAAGAAGUGGUGAAUGCUUUGGGACAACUUAUGAUACAUCCAAAGUAUACAAUCCCUUUGGUCGGAUGUUUUCGUCCGCUUGCUCGGAAAAUUGUGGACAGAGCUAUUUCCUUGCUUAGAUUGGUGCCCAGUUUGAGGUGCAACGAUGAUGGUGACUUGAUGGAGGUCGACCAAGCAGACGAUUGUAGAGAAGUUGAAGGUUUAGAUAUUGAAGAUACUAUUCGUAUUAUUGAUGUUUAUGCUAAAAGAGGGAAGGGCUUGAACCUUCAUGAACUAGCUUGUCUGGCAUUUUGUAGAGCUCAUGAUUUGGUCCCUUCAUUAUUGAGGUCUGUAUUGGGUUAUUUUGAGUUUGCUCCCCCUCCAUUCGAAGGAAUUAGACAGAGAAAAUCAGUUAUGGAGGCAGUUGUUCUGGAUGGAGCUCGUUUGCUGAAUGUAGUACGAGUUUCAUAUCGUCUCCUUCUAGCAGACCCUGAAGAUUUUGCCACGAGAUGGAACUGGUCUUGCUUUUUCGACAUUAUAAGUCUGGGUAAAAAUGAAGAGCCAAAUAGAAGUGCGUUUGACUUAAGAUGGUAUGGGAUAAAAAUACUGUCGAUAGUUUUCAAGUUAAAUGACCAAGCUAUAGCAAAUUUCAGUCGCUGUUCUCAAGAAGCAUAUUGCUGUUCACUGAGCUGGAAAGAAUAUUGUCAGGAUGGAGCACUGGAGAAAGCAGGCUGGUAUCUUGAAUCCUCACAUGAAAAUAAUCGGGACUUAGCUGGUGGAAGCAUGGGACUCAAUCGAUGUCAUUCGUUACAAUCUUCACCUUUUGAUUCUUUAAUUCUGUCCUCAACCAUUCAGGAGAAAGGGGACAGGAAAUUGACAUGGGAAUGUGGGAAACCUUUCAUCCUGACUUCUGCUAUGCAGAAGAGUUAUGAGAUGGUGUUCCUGGCUUUUAGUCAGAGGUGGCCUGUUCUUUUGUAUGGCCCUGCCGGUGCAGGAAAAACUGCAUUGAUUUCAAAGUUAGCAGAACUUAAUGGGGAUCGGGUUUUAUUCCUUCACAUGGAUGAGCAAGUUGAUGGCAAGAUGUUAGUUGGCACUUAUGUCUGUACAGAGCAACCUGGUGAAUUCAGAUGGCAGCCUGGUUCACUUACCCAGGCUGUUUCCAAUGGAUUCUGGGUUGUCUUUGAGGAUGUUGAUAAAGCACCUCCUGAUGUUCAGUGCAUCUUAUUGCCUCUGUUAGAAGGCGCAACUUCGUUCUUCACUGGGCAUGGAGAGGCAAUCCGAGUCCAUGAAGGUUUUCGGUUAUUUUCCACGAUGACAAGCACUAAGAUAGAUAUAUCUAUGGAAGGUAGGAGUUCUGUUAGUGCACUUUGGCGGAGAGUAAUGAUCGCACCUUCAAGUCAUCAGGACUUGCUGAAGAUUGUGAGCAAGUGGUAUCCAGAAUUGGAGUCUCUGGCCGCAGAACUUAUUGGAACAUUUGAUAGAGUUAAUGAGCUAGUAGGAUCUCAUUUUGGAACUGGUGCCUAUUCAGGUUUUCAUGGAAGGUUUACACUAAGAGAUCUUCUCAAAUGGUGCAAGAGAAUUGCAGGUUUAGGUGUUCAUUUUAGCGGGGAUGGUCUAUCAGCUUAUGAAAACAUUUAUAAGGAGGCUGUAGAUAUCUUUGCUUCCUUUUCAACUUCACGUGAAAAACGGUUGGCUAUUGUGAAAGAGAUAGCUAAGAUGUGGUCAGCAGGACCUGUGGACACAUUGUAUCCCAUUGAUAGGCCUGUUAUUCAGGAACUGGCAUCUGAUUUACGUAUCGGAAGGGUUGUACUUAAGCGUAACCACAGGGCUACCUGGGAAGAGAAGAAGCAUUUCGUUGAGAUUCGGAAUCUAAUCCACGUGCUUGAGAGGAUAGCGUGCUCUGUUAAGUAUAAUGAGCCAGUUCUUUUGGUGGGUGAGACUGGUACAGGGAAAACCACUCUUGUACAGAGUCUUGCUUCAAGACUUGGUCAAAAACUUACAGUCCUGAAUUUGAGUCAGCAAAGUGAUAUCACAGACUUGUUGGGUGGAUUCAAACCAAUGGAUGCUCAGUUCAUCUGUAUACCCCUUUAUAAGGAGUUUGAGAACCUUUUUACCAUUACAUUUUCGUCCAAGGAGAAUGAAGUUUUUCUUGUACGUUUAAGGAAGUUUGUAUCUGAAAAGAAAUGGAAGAUGUUAUUAGGUGGAUUUCAGAAAGGUGUCGGAAAGAUAAUUGAAAUAGGAAGAUCUGGGUCUGGUACAAAGCGGAAGAGACCUUUGGAGGAUAAACUGAUAAAGGCUUGGGAAGCCUUUUCCCUGAAACUAGAUAAAGCGCGUAUGCAGAUUAGUGCUUCUGGUGGAAUGAUAUUUUCUUUUGUAGAAGGAGCUUUUAUUUCUGCACUUAAGAAUGGUGAAUGGAUACUGCUUGAUGAGGUGAACUUGGCUCCUCCGGAGACCUUGCAGCGAGUUAUCGGUGUACUUGAAGAAGAAACUGGAUCUUUGUGUUUGACUGAAAGGGGUGAUGUUGAUUAUGUCAGUAGACACUCGAACUUCCGCUUAUUUGCCUGCAUGAAUCCUGCAACUGAUGCUGGGAAGAGAGACUUGCCCAUUUCGUUGAGGAGCAGAUUUACAGAAUAUUUUGUUGAUGAUUUGUUGGACGACAAAGACCUUUCUUUGUUUAUUAGUCAGUUUAUUGAUGGGGAUCAUUCAAAUAGAGAACUAGUCAAUAAAAUUGUACAGUUCUAUAAAGCAGCCAAGAAGCAAUCUGAAGAGAAGUUACAGGAUGGUGCUAACCAGAAGCCCCAAUAUAGUUUAAGAUCUCUUUACCGUGCACUAGAAUACACAAAGAAAGCAAAGAGAACUUUUGGGCUUGCAAAAGCCCUUUAUGAUGGCUUUUGUAUGUUUUUUCUGAUUUCAUUAGAUGAACCAAGUGCUAAAAUAAUGAACCAAUUGAUUACUAAAUAUUUAUUAGAGGGUAAAAUACCUCCGCAGAUCUCCUUUGAUGCUUACUUGUUAGAUAGAGGAAACUCAAGGUCUGAUGAUUUGGUGGAGAGCUAUGUUUUGACUAAGAGUGUCAAGGAGCAUAUUAGAAACUUGGCGCGUGCCAUAUUUGUUGGAAGAUACCCAGUUCUACUUCAGGGGCCAACAUCUAGUGGAAAGACGAGCCUGGUCCAGUAUCUUGCUGCUAUAACUGGUCAUGAGUUUGUGAGGAUUAAUAACCAUGAACACACUGAUCUGCAGGAGUACCUGGGUUCCUAUGUUACUGAUGCAAAUGGGAAGCUUGUCUUCCAUGAGGGUGCACUUGUUAAGGCGGUUCGCAAUGGUCAUUGGAUAGUUCUAGAUGAGCUCAACCUUGCCCCAUCAGAUGUGUUAGAGGCUUUGAACAGGUUGCUAGAUGAUAAUAGAGAGCUUUUUGUCCCAGAGUUGUGUGAAACUGUUCGAGCACACCCAAACUUCAUGUUGUUUGCCACUCAGAAUCCACCUACCUUAUAUGGUGGUCGCAAAAUGCUUUCACGAGCAUUUCGCAACCGUUUCGUGGAGAUCCAUGUUGAUGAAAUUCCAGAAGAUGAGUUGAGCACAAUAUUGACCAAUAGGUGUGAAAUCCCAGAAAGCUAUGCUAGGAAAAUGAUUGCUGUCAUGAAGGAACUACAAUUGCAUAGACAGAGUACUAAAAUAUUUGCUGGAAAACAUGGUUUCAUUACUCCACGUGAUCUAUUUCGGUGGGCUAACCGUCUCAGGGAAUUUGGGAAGUCCUAUGAAGACCUAGCUCUUGACGGUUAUUAUUUGAUGGCUGAGAGACUCCGAAAUAAUGACGAGAAAAAAGUUGUCCAGGCAGUUGUCGAACAGCAGUUGCGGGUUAGACUAGCUGAGGAUGAUAUGUACAAGCAGGACGGAGGAGAUGGAAAUAAGGUCUUGGAGGUUGACAAGCAUUCAGGAGUCGCGGGAAGGCUGGGAAAAAUUGUUUGGACGAGAAGUAUGAGGAGGUUGUACUUUCUUGUUGAGCGUUGUUACAAGCUGCGUGAGCCUGUUCUCCUUGUUGGUGAAACGGGGGGAGGGAAAACUUCUGUUUGCCAGCUGCUAAGUAUUAUUUUGGGUUCGAAAUUGCACAUUUUGAAUUGCCAUCAAUACACAGAAACAUCUGAUUUUCUCGGGGGUUUCUAUCCUGUACGAGAAAGAUCUAGAAUUUCUACAGAGUUCAAGCACCUUUGUGAGAAGUUGAUGCAUUCCAAGGCUUUUGUGAACUAUCCUGGUGAUUCUAUGAUUUCUUCAGAUAUCAAUCAAGCUUCUACUACUCUUCAUAAGCUGUCUGUGAUUUUAAGUAGUUACAGGCAGUGUCUGAUACGCCAUCCUGAUGUAACUGGUCAAGAUGUCGACUACAUUGGACAGCUGAAUUUGGACUUAGUUCAACUGCACCAGAAAUGGCAGACCAUUUUUAUGUGGCAAGAUGGACCUCUUGUUGAAGCGAUGAAGAAAGGGGAGUUGUUUCUUGUUGAUGAAAUCUCUUUAGCUGAUGACAGUGUACUUGAAAGACUAAACAGCGUGUUGGAGCCAGAAAGGAAACUGUCUUUGGCUGAGAAAGGAGGGUCUGAUCUCCAGAAAAUAACUGCUCAUCCUGACUUUUUCCUACUUGCAACAAUGAAUCCUGGUGGCGAUUUUGGCAAGAAGGAAUUGUCUCCUGCCCUUCGCAAUAGGUUCACGGAGAUCUGGGUACCACCUAUUACUGAGUUGGAUGAGCUUAAAAGUAUUGCUCUUGAGAGCAUUUCAAAUGCAAACUUUAGUGUGCUGGUAGAUCUUUUGAUGAAAUUUUGGGAGUGGUUCAACAAUUUACAAACAGGAAGGGCACUUACUGUGAGAGAUCUGCUAUCGUGGGUAUCCUUUAUUAAUGUGACAGAGAGCUUUCUUCAACCAGAAUCUGCGUUCCUUCAUGGGGCAUUUCUUGUUUUGCUCGACGGCCUGAGUUUAGGUACAAAUAUUUCAAGGAUUGAUGCUGCUGGGCUGCGAGAGAAAUGCCUUUCGUUUCUUUUGGAGGGACUAAAGGAGCUCAAUCUUAGUUUUGAUUGCUCAAAUAUAUCCAUGCUGAUGUCUUACGGUUGGCCCGAUCCUGCAAGAUCUGCUGUUAUAGCAUGCACUGAUACAAUGCAAUGUGAUAAUUGCUUUGGGAUUCCUCCCUUCUCUAUUGAGAAAGGUGGGAAUUGUUUUGCUGGUGAAAAAUUCGAGCUUCUAGCACCAACGACCCGCAGAAAUGCAUUUAGAGUGCUUCGUGCCAUGCAGCUUGCAAAACCUGUUCUGUUGGAAGGGAGCCCUGGUGUUGGAAAAACAAGUCUUAUUGUGGCCCUUGGCAAAUUUUCUGGGCACACAGUAGUACGAAUAAAUUUAUCAGAGCAGACGGACAUCAUGGACUUGUUUGGGUCUGAUUUGCCUGUUGAGGCUGAUGAAGGGAUGCAAUUUGCAUGGUCUGAUGGAAUUCUCUUACAGGCUUUGAAGCAGGGAUCAUGGGUGCUUUUGGAUGAACUCAAUCUUGCUUCACAAUCUGUCUUGGAGGGGUUAAAUGCUAUUUUGGACCAUCGAGCUGAGGUUUUCAUUCCAGAGUUAGGUCGUACUUUCAAAUGCCCACCAUCUUUCAGAGUUUUUGCUUGUCAAAAUCCUUCAAAUCAGGGUGGAGGACGGAAAGGUCUUCCAAAGUCCUUCCUCAACAGAUUUAUGAAGGUCUAUGUCGAUGAGCUAGUUGAGGAUGACUAUCUUGCUAUUUCUAGUUCGCUCUAUCCAACAAUUUCACGUUCUCUUCUCUCUAAGCUGGUCUUAUUUAAUAAGAGAUUACAUGAAGAGAUAAUGUUGCUUCACAAAUUCGCUCAAGAAGGAUCCCCUUGGGAGUUCAAUCUCCGAGAUGUAAUUCGUUCCUGUGAAAUCAUAAAAGGUGCCCCCAGUAUAUCAAAAUCUGAUUGCUUUCUGAAUCCUGUUUAUGUUCAAAGAAUGCGCACAGCUGUUGAUAGGCUGGAGGUCUUAAAACUUUAUGAACAGGUAUUCAAAAUGAAGCCCAGCAUAAAUCCUCAUCCUCGGGUUCAGCUGAAUCCCCAGUAUUUGAUUGUUGGGAAUGUAUCUAUUGAACGAAAUCGUUACGUGUCACCUGGAGUGGCCAACAGCGAGCUUAAAAUUUUACCUGGCUUCCGCAACAGUUUGGAAGCUGUAGCACAAUGUGUUAAGAACCAGUGGCUAUGCAUAUUAGUUGGACCUGCAUCCUCCGGUAAAACUUCAUUGAUACGGUUACUUGCUCAGCUGACAGGAAAUGUACUUAAUGAAUUGAAUCUUUCCUCUGCAACUGAUAUAUCUGAGCUACUUGGAAGCUUUGAGCAACACAAUGCUGUUCGAAAAUAUCGUCUUGCCAUCGCUCGGGUUGAGUCCUUUAUAAAUGAAUACUAUGGUCUGCAGCUGGAAUCUUCAUGCGAAGAAUUUAUGAGGAGAAAAGACCUGUUUAUUCUGUGGCUGUCCUUUAUAUCGAGCAUCAAGCACAACCCUCCGACAAGUUCUUGCUCUUCGUAUGUUGAUACUUGGAGGACGAAGUACUUUGAAUCUGCUUCUAUGUUGGUUAAUAUUAUUGAGCAUCUAAAGUUGGUGGUUGAGGAAACAUCAUUGCCUUUAUCUUGGUCGAUGAAGGACUUGGAUAUAAUUCUUACAAUGAUUAAGAAAUUUACAGGUCACCCAAGAACACAUUCCUCAAAGUUCGAGUGGGUAACUGGCAUGCUUAUAAAGGCUAUAGAAAACGGAGAGUGGAUAGUAUUAGAUAAUGCAAAUCUCUGCAACCCAACGGUUCUUGAUAGGAUAAACUCUUUAGUUGAACAAUCUGGAUCCAUUACUAUUAAUGAAUGUGGAACAGUGGAUGGAAAGCCAGUAAUUCUUCAUCCUCACCCACAGUUUCGAAUGUUUCUAACAGUUAACCCUCUAAAUGGUGAAGUUUCACGUGCAAUGCGAAAUAGAGGGGUUGAAAUUUUCAUGAUGGAGCCUGAUUGGCUGUUUGAUGACAAAUGCACUGAAAUUGACAUCGAGCUUGAGAAUGCAAAGAGGUUUAUCGUCCUUUCUGGGGUACCUGCUGGUAAGUUGGUUGAUUUGAUGGCCAAUGCCCAUAUGACUGCGAAGGUUAAAGGUGCACUGCUCAAAAUUAGGAUCACACUGCUUGAACUUGCACGGUGGGUGCAGUUAUUUCAGCAGCUUCUUACGAGCGGUAGCCAGUUUUCAUGGAGUCUGCAAACGAGUUGGGAGCACACCUAUGUUUCCUUAUUUGGUGUUGAUCAAGGGAAGAAUGUUGUUGAUCAAGUGGGAAUUCCUAUAUCUCUUACACCAGAUUUUCAGGACUUUAACUCCUCUCAAGCUGGCUUCUUAUCUUUACCAGGGGGAUGGCCAGCACCCUUGAAAUUGAGGGACUACCUAUUAUAUUCAAAAGAAACUUGUAUAAGGCAAAAUUGCAUGUACCUCGAGUUCCUGGGAGCGCAGACUGCCUGUUAUUCGACUUCUGCUGCAUUGCACGAUGCACUGGCUCCAACUUCUGUGGUUAGCUCACUCGUGAUGGAUACAAAGCUCUUGCAUGCACUGAUGUUUCCUAAAGGUUCAAGUUGUCAAGUUGCUGUUUGUGGCGGGGCAAAAGAACUUAACUUGGAUUUAGCCCAGGAAAUGUUAGUGUAUGCUGCAAAUUGGGCAUUUGAACAGGCUACUGAAAGUGAUUACAAGCUUUAUCUGCUUUGGUUUUCCCAUGUUGGUUCUCUGUUACGGCCACAUUCUUCAUUCUUUAGUUUUUAUGCCUCUAUUCUGGCAAAGGAAUUGGAACAUCCAAUAUGGAAUCAGAUUUUUAGUCAUCGCCGUGAGAUUGUGUCUCAUAAUUUGAUUGAUAUGGAGUCUUGUCCUAUACCUUUACUUUCAGUAGAAGUGGUUGAUUUAACACCAGCUGACAGUGUGUUGAAAUCCUGCAGUGAAGUUCUUGUGAAUGCCAUUAAGAGUGUUAAGUUACUGAGACUUAGCCAUCUGCAGUGGAACUCUGAGAUAGGUUACAAAUACAGUCCUGAAACAAAGUUCUUUAAACCUGUUUUGAGAUCUCUUCAGGAGUUGGAGAACAAAGUGCUUGAAAUAUUUGUCCAGUCACCUUCUUUUGAUGUGCUGUUCCAGUUGUACAGUGACCUCCUUGAACAUCACACACUACUAUGGACAUGCAUUAUUACUUCUCAACUGGAGUACUUGCUUAUUUCUUGGAGAUCUUUGAUGAAGAAAGUUACAAAGUUGUGGGAAUUUUGCCCAAAAGAAGUAGAGACGUUUCAGAGAGAUGUAGAGAAUUUGGAUGAGUUCUCAAAAUGGCCUUCACAGUCGCAAAAGUCCUUGUUGUGGGUCCAUGGUGGGCAUCCAUAUCUGCCUCCUUCUGCUGAAUUAUAUGAGAAAUUGUGUCAGCUACUAAGCUUUUGUGAACGACUUUGGCCAGGAAAGAGAAAGAUCUGGGAGCUAGCAAGGGAUGAUGUAAUCAUUGAAGCGGCUCCAUAUUCUAAUCCAGAACUACGGUUCCUCGCCAUGCAAGGUGUCUCUAUGUCAUCUUAUAUCAUGGCAAAAGUUGAUGAAAAUGGUGUCAGACCUGUUGAGCAGUUGGAGGAGAUGUACCAGAUGCUUUCAAGAAGGUUUGAUUUUGAGAAAGAGAAGUUGGAAGAGAAUUUGAGGAACAUUAAGCAAGCCCCAAGGACCUCCAUUUUACCUGCUUGUUGUGUCUUUUUACCCAACAUGUUGUGUGAAAGGUCUAGCUUUGGUUGUUGGCUAGAGACUCUACCCAUAGCUGACAACGCUAGUUUCUUCCAUGAUACAAGGCUACUUCAGCAACUUUCGACAAUUGCUUUAGCUGAUGAGGAGGAACAAUACCAAGGUUUAACUGCCUUGGCUGGCCUUAUCGAGUCCGCAAUGACCUUUUCUUUAAACUUCUCAUCAAGGCCUUCAUCUGACUUUUCACCUCACCAAAAAAUUUUGUGGACCCUAGAUGCUUGGGAAUCUAUCUAUAGAGUGAGUGAACAGAUCUCCAGUUUUGUUCUUGAGCUGUGGUAUAUAUGGCAUUCAUCUUUGUGGAUGUUGUCACCAACUGGUGCUGAGAACCUCUCAUGGCAUGGAUGUGAUGAUAUCCUACCUGAUGAGCUGUUUAAGCCUUCAAAAAUGGCAGCAAUUCACAAAAUCCUGUAUGGUACAUUUGCUAUCAGGGAUUACCCGAUGCAUAGCCUUAAAAUGAAAGCUGCUUCGCGUUAUCUUUGGCAAGGUUCUCUAGAAGUAGAUACAAAGAAUUUUCUAUUAUCAACUGCUAGGUCACUCUUCCAGCAGAUGAUAUUUGCACACAGAAAGUCUUUCGAAGCUGAGAAGUUUGCUAGAAUCAACGCUUUCUUUCAUUUUGCUACACAGAAGACCAUCUCGCAAGAGGAUGUUCAGGUCAUGCUUUCACUUCUUGCAUCAUCAAAUCACCAGAUGAUUUCGUCUGAUAAGAUGAAAUCUUUUAUUGAGCCUCUGCUUCGAGGAUUGUAUCUCCCAUGCUCAUCUGAGGGCUUCAUGAAUAGGAUAGGAUGUGUAUGGUUGCUGAUUGGGGCCCUCCGCUACCAGCUUCUGAUUUGCUGCACUGAUCUGGAUCCAACUGCAAAAUACUGCUUAAAGUACUCAAGAGUAAUGGAAAAGAUAUCCUCUCUUCAGCUUGAAACUCAGGUACGCAGUGAUUGUGUCCAUUUGGCUGGAUCUUUUCAGUUGAGGGAACAAGAUAGAGAUAGAUCUAUGUUGUUGGAAGAUCUCCAUGCUGAGCAAAAGAAACUGCAAAGAAAGAUUGUUUUCCGCUCUGAACCUGAGAAAUUCAAGGAAAUGAAGGCAGGUUGCGACGAUUUCUUUAGGACGGUUGUCAAAAUAGUUAUGACUACUGUUGGUUGGACACAGAGUUUUAAAAACUUAAGUGUGGAAGAGAUGUCUGGCGAAAUACGCAACUGGCAGGAGAUGGCUACAGAGAUCAUAAAGAGGUUAUCAAAUGAAUAUUCUGCAUACAUGGAUGUAGUUCAGCCAGUCCAGACAGCUAUAUAUGAAAUGAAAUUGGGAUUGUCUCUGGUUCUUUCUGGUGCCUUAAGUGAAAGGUAUCUGGAGGAACUAGGAAAGUUUGAUAUGGAAUCUGUUCUGGCUUCUGUUUAUGCCUUUGUGAGAUACCCAAGAGGAUGUGCUGCAAAAGCUGUUUCUUUCAAUGCUGACAAUAAGUGCACUGAGCUUUUGCGCUAUGAUAUUGAACUUCCAACAAACAUCUCAGCCCUGGAUUUAGAUAUGCUGGAUAAUCUUGUCAAUUAUCAACGGAAAGUCAGUAUUGAUAGCAAGGUGUCGUCCUUGCAACUGAGAACUGCAAUGCAUCAGACUGUUCUGGUUCGCGUGUUGCAUUCUGUUGUGGAUGCCCACUUCAUGGAUAAACAGUCCUUUAAGCUAACGGAUAGGAUAUUUGAUGAGUUAGCAAGAAACUGGAUGCAAAUGAAACUUCAAGUCAGAACAACCGAAGAGAAUAAAACUCAACAAUUUAGGUUCAAACCGCGUGCAUUCAAGAUAGAUAAUAUCCUUGAGAUUGACAUAUCAUCUCUUGGUAGUUCAGCUUCAAAUGAAAGUUUCUUAGAAUGGAAAGAGUUCCACUCUAGUCAAGAAUCUUCAGAGAAACAGAAUGCUGACGAAGAAUCAGAAGCGGUCAUGGACGAUUGGAACUAUGUAGAAGAGUCCAGUUUGAAUGAUAUGAUCCGCGUUCACAAUGAAUUAUUUGGCUCAACUGAUAUAUAUCAAUCUCCUGGAUAUUUCCAUGUAUCUGAUGCGAGCAGAUUGUCUUCCUUUACUGACUCUUACUUGCUGGGAACAAAAAUGAUUAGAGAAAUAGAAGGUUUAUCAUCCUCCUGUUUGGACGCAAAGAUUGCGCCGGAACACUUACUUCGCCUAUGCUUAGAGCAUGAAACAAAGUUUUGUUCACCAAAUAAGUCAGCCCUAGCAUACAAUUUUUACAAGGAACCAAAUUUCUCUAUGUUGGCUAAAAUGGUGGAUCCAUUAGCAUCUCUUAAACAGCGAAUUACUCUACUUUUGAAAGAACGUGAUGAAUAUGCUCUUCAGAGAAUCUUGGAUAUAAUUGAAAUGAUCUUGGCUAUGCCUCUUAGCACCCCAUUGGCUAAGGCGCUCUCCAGCAUAGAGUUUCUUCUUAGCAGAGUUCGGAUGUUACAGGAAACUGUAGCAAAAUUUCCAUUAUCUGAUCAUUUGGACCCCAUAUUUGCUCUGGUGUCCUCGUGGUAUAAGUUGGAGUUCGAAUCUUGGCCUGCUCUGCUUGAUGAAGUUGAAGAUCAGUUUGAGAAGAACGCCGGAAAGUUGUGGUUCCCACUAUAUUCAGUCCUUCGACGUGGGCAGUGUGGUGAGACUGAUGAAUACAACCUAUCUACAAUUAGAAGCCUGAAGGAGUUUACUGAGAUGUCCAGCAUCGGUGAGUUUAAGAAGCGCCUUCAGCUCCUGCUGGCUUUUCAUGGGCAUAUUAGUACUGGUUUAAGGAAUGGAACCUAUUCGAGCCUUCAUCUGGAGGAAACUAUUAAAAUCCUCUACAAUACCUUUGGCUUCUAUGCUCAAUUCUUGCCAAUGAUUUUGGAGCACAUUGGAACUAAAAGAAGGAAGAUUGAGGAAGAGGUCAAUGAGCUUGUUAAGCUAUGCAGAUGGGAACGCCUUGAAGAUUACUUGAGCAUAGAAAGCUCCAGGAGAACCAGGCAGAAGCUCAGAAAGAUCAUGCAGAAAUACACUGACCUGCUUCAGCAACCUGUUAUGCUUUUUAUCAACCAAGAAGCAACAGAAAGUGGGAUACACCCUCAAAGUAAUGAUCCUAGUCUCUUGGUUGAUUCUUUUGAAAGGAGCAGGGGUCUUCUAAAUAUUGUCCUCGAUCAGAAGCAGUCAGAAGUGGACAGCCCUUCAUGGUUUUCUGAUUGGUGGAAGAAAGUAGAGAAUGUCGUACAAGGUUUGCACCUCGACGUAUCAAGAGAUACUGAUCUGUCUAGGAUCAUAGAAGGGGUUGCAGGUGUAAUCAGGGAUGGUCAGUGCUUCAAGUCCUCAUGCCUGUUAUACCUGGAUGAGUGGAAGCAACUCAGGCAAACAAUUGACAAAAUAUGUAGUACUAUUAUUGACUGCGUAGAUGUUUGGGCGGAUGCAAGCAAGAAAAUGGGGAAGAGAAGAGUAUUCUCAGAUCUUCUGAAGCUGUUGGAUAGCUGUGGUCUAUCAAAGCACAGAGCCUUGUUUAUGGAGGAGCAAUGGAGAGUCAAUAUAUUAAUGUGCUGGUUCCUCCAGCCAUCUUAUGAUGUUCAACAUCUCCUGCUAACACAAGGUCUACCAGCCUCUAGAGAUUCUGAAGUUAGUGGCAGACAGCUGCAGAGUUUACUAGAUGAGAGUUUGGAAACCAAAUGGAAAACAGCCAACCUGUACUAUUUUAAGAGCAUAAACUCGGUGCAUGUUUUGCAGCAAAUUUGCCUGAGUUUCCAUAAGGAUUUUACUCUUGAGCAGGUUAACAAGUCAGGAUCUUACAUUGACCACCUCACUAGCAUUCAACAAGAGCAGCGGGAGGUUGCUUAUGCUUUUUCUCAGCGACUCAAAUGUUUGAAAGAAUUGUUAUUGCCUUUAGCAACCUUAACUACUGGUGAUAUCCCUUUCACAAAUGUGAGAAGUGAUCGGUCAUUUGCCAAAAAUCAGUACAGCAUAUAUGAGUGUCUAUGGCAACAGAAGCAACUUUUUGAUAAUUUGUAUGGCAUGUUGUAUGAAGAGCGCUUGUUUGUACAAACUGUUGAAGAUAGCCAUUUGAAUACUUGUUCAAGUGUUAAAGACAGCACAAUGCAGAUUCGCCUUUUCAUUGAGAAACACUUGCCCGUUGUUAAGGAAUCUAAGGAUUUGUUGGAUGGUCAUCUUAUUGGCUUUCAUGGAGUUAGAAGCACGGAAGAAAAUGCAUUGCAUCCUAUUGCCAUCACGAAGCACAUGGAGCAGUUGGUAUAUAAGAAUUUUGAUUUAGUCAAAGAAUUUGAGGUUGACUAUCGUGCUUUCCAUCGGCGAGAUGGAGCUGGAGCAGCUGUUAAGGAUAUCCUGCUUGGGCACUUUGAGGAGAUAUUUGACAAGACCAACUUCAUACAUAAUCAAUUUAAAGCAAGAAACACAUUUGAAGAUAGGGCCCAAGAUUCCAUCCAAUAUACGGGAGAUAUCACUGGACUUCAAGCUGAAUUUUAUAACACCUUGGAGAAUACAUAUAGAGCUAUCAUGAACACUUUGAAUGGUCUUGUGCCUUUGACGAAUGGUCGUGUUCCUCCUGAUGAAGAGAAUAUCAAUGCAUGGAAAAUUCUCCUCGAGUCAGCAACAAGGCAUCUACAAUCAGACCUUAGUGAUCAAAUGGUGAAGACUAUUCAUCUUGGGGGAGAGUUAUUGAACUAUUACAGCACUGGAAAUGCGAGUUCCUAUUCGGUUGUCAGGGCACACAUAGAAAAUCUGUAUUCAUUGUUGGAUGUGAUCAUUGCCUUUGGCGAUGGUCUUCUGCAUGAUUUUCUUAUCAUGCAUAGAAUGCUAUCUAUGAUGACCCAUGUGCUGGCAAACGUUUUUACUUCGCUGUUUGCUAAAGGCUUUGGUACAAAAGAAGAGGACACAAAUGAUGCCAGCCAGGAUUUAGUUCAAGAUCAAAGUGGAACAGGUAUGGGUGAGGGUAGUGGAAUGAACGAUGUCAGCGACCAGAUAAAUGAUGAAGAUCAGCUUAUUGGCACUUCCGCUGAUAGAGAUGAAGAAAGUACUCUUGGUGAGGCUCCAAGUAAAACUGACAAAGGAAUUGAGAUGGAGCAAGAUUUUGCUGCUGAUACCUAUAGUGUAAGUGAGGAUUCUGCGGAUGAUGAAGGCAAUGAAGAAAAUGAAGAACUGGAAUCUGCUAUGGGGGAGACUGGUGAUCGGGGUGAAGUAGCUGAUGAGAAACUAUGGGACAAGGGUGAUGAUAAUCCCAGUACCAUGGAUGAAAAGUAUGAGAGUGGUCCAUCAGUAAAAGACAGCGGUAUCAACAGAGAGCUUCGAGCAAAAGAUGAUGCUGAUGAAGCUGCUGAUGAAGCAGGAGAACUCAAUCCCGACAUAUUAGAGGAGCAAGCUGAUGAAAAUGGCAAUGAUGAAACUUGCGAAGGGAUGGAAGACAUAAAUAUGGACAAAGAGGAUGCAUAUGCAGAUCCUACUGGAUUGAAGCCUGACGAACAUGAUCAAGGUCCUGAAGAGGAUUGUAAUAUGGAUGAACCAGAGAUUGCUGAACCAAUGGUGGAAGAUGAUUUAAACCAGCAAGGUGACCCUGCUGAGGAAAAGAAUGAGGGGGGUGAAACAGCUGAUUCAGAUGCAACUUUUGAUGAGGCGGACCCUGAGCAUUUGGAUGAAAAUCCUGGAGGAGCUGAUGAAGAAGGUGAUCAUGCAGAUGACACGAAAAAGGAACCAGCAGAACAAAAUAGAAAGAUCCUGCAGUCGGACACUUCUCAUUCUGUGGGUGAUAAUGUCCCAACUGCUGUGUCUGCAUCUGAGCCUAGAGGUGAAUAUAAUCAAGCAAAUUUGAAAGAUGCAGCUCCUGAAGCGAAGGGAUCUGAUGUUGGUGGGCCUCAACAUGACCUUGCUCCCAUGAGAGGUUUGCCUGAUGCCUCUAUGGUUGAAAUCAUGGCUUCUGAUUCUUCAAAUGGCCAAAAGCUGGGCAGUGAUCAACCUGAAAAUCCUUUACCUCCAGCUGAUUCAUCGCAUCAACGGAUUCAGCCCAAUCCUUGUCGUAGUGUGGGUGAUGCCCUCGAGGGAUGGAAAGAUAGAGUCAAAGUCUCACUUGACCUACAGGAGAGCGAAGCUCCAGAUGAUAUGGCUGCUGAAAAUGCAAAUGAAUAUUCAUAUACUGCUGAAUUUGAAAAGGGAACAGCUCAAGCGCUUGGGCCAGCAACUGCUGAUCAAGUAGACAAAAAUGUACAUGGAAAUGAUCUGGAAGGGGAAAAUGCAACUACAGAGAGAAAAGAUGACAUUUCUGAAAUGGAGAUUGAGAGGCAGCUGUCUGAAGCACAUACUAUUAGUAAUUCCGCUUUAAGUUUCUGCAAUGACAAGGGCAAGCAAUCAGAGAUAAUGGACACUGAGGAGCAACCUGAAUCACCAUCAGAAGUUGAUGCUAGAGAUGAUACUGGUGUCACUAGUUUGUCUCAGAGUUUGGUCUCAGUGAAGAGGACCUUUUUGGUGGAGGACAUAAAUCGGCUUAGCGAGCUCUCGGUAGAUGAUGACGACCUAGGCAAGGCCCGUAACCUUGAAGAGGUAUCCGAUGAGAUGAGAAAGAAUGCUGCAACUCUCUGGAAAAAUUAUGAACUUCGCACUACGAGGUUGUCCCAGGAGUUGGCUGAACAGUUGCGUUUGGUAAUGGAACCGACUUUAGCUAGCAAGCUCCAGGGAGAUUACAAGACCGGGAAAAGAAUUAACAUGAAGAAGGUAAUUCCAUACAUAGCAAGUCAUUACCGUAAAGAUAAGAUAUGGCUAAGGAGAACUCGGCCUAACAAACGGAACUACCAAGUGGUUAUUGCUGUGGAUGACUCCCGCAGCAUGUCUGAGAGUGGUUGUGGACAUUUAGCCAUUGAAGCAUUGGUGACUGUUUGCCGUGCAAUGUCUCAGUUAGAAAUAGGGCAGCUGUCAGUUGCCAGCUUUGGUAAGAAGGGAAACAUUCGCAUAUUGCAUGAUUUUGAUCAGUCAUUCACUGGAGAGGCUGGUAUUAAGAUGAUCUCUAGUUUGUCCUUUAAGCAAGAAAACACAAUAGCAGAGGAACCCAUGGUUGAUCUUUUGAAGUACUUGAAUGACAUGCUCGACGCCGCUGCUGUUAAUGCACGGCUACCAUCUGGGCACAAUCCGCUAGAGCAGCUCGUUUUGAUAAUAGCUGACGGCUGGUUUCACGAGAAGGAGAACAUGAAACGCUAUGUCAGAGAUCUCAUGAGCAAAAAGCGAAUGGUCGCGUUUCUUGUGGUGGAUAGCCUACAGAAAUCCAUAUUGGACCUUGAGGAAGCGACCUUUCAGGGUGGAGAAGUUAAGCUUACAAAGUAUUUGGAUUCGUUCCCAUUCCCAUACUAUGUCGUGCUCAAAAACAUUGAAGCACUUCCUAGGACGCUUGCUGAUUUGUUAAGACAGUGGUUUGAGCUUAUGCAACAGUCGAGGGAAUAGGUUGCUUAUAUAACACAUGAUUCCUGUGAGAACCCCGAGAUAUAUACAUGUACAUAACACCUUUCUCGGCCUUUUGUCGAAGGUCAAGUGUACAGACAGACACAUGUAUAUAGGAGAAGCUUGGUGAAUCACAUCCUCGCAAUGUCUCCUUAUGGGAUAGCAUACAGUGCAGCUUUCUUGGCUUGAGCUUUCCUUUCCCACUGGAGGGGGUGCGAGUUUUAGGGGGUGGGUCGGGAGAGGUGUUUCUGUUUGCAGCUGACGCACUGUAUAGCUCUGUAAAGGGAAAAUGUCCUCUCUCCUACCUUACUGUCAUGUUGUAACUAUGGACGUUUACCUUAUAGUGCAAAGGUUUAAUAUUGCAAUCUUCAUGUUCCAAUCGAUUUGGUGGGUUGCAAUUUAGUGAUAAACAAUGUGGUGUAUUUCUUCCUA